GCCCGUCUAUCACCAACAUAGGCCAAUCAGCUAACCAGUAUUUUCGCCCCUUCCCAAAAUUACUUCAAUGGAAGGUUUCCAGAUGGAUAUGCGGAGCAAAUCCAUCUGGCAGAGUCAGGUUAACAGUACCCAACUAAUAUUAGACUUUUUGACACGUGUGUAUACAAAAUGACAAAUAAAACUGUCUAAGUCUAAGUACCACACUAAUAUGGUGGCAUCAGUAGUGUGCAGCAGCUCUUGAUCUGUUUCUCUGCCCUCAUAUCAACUUUUGUCCCCUUGUAACCAACUUAGAAGGUAAACUGCUUGUGAUUGGCUACUUUUCAGGAAAUCCCGCCUCUACUGUUUCCUUCCUAGUUGCCAUGGAGAUAGAAAAAACAAACAUUUGUGUUUCUCCCACUGCCUAGCAACCAACCUAUUGGGAUUUUAAGACAAACUUUCAGUUUUCCCUGUUUUAAGACAUCCAACAUGUCUUAUUUCGAUCCAACAGAAAAUGUGCACAGUAACCUAAAGGAGGAGGAGAAAGUAAAAAAACCAGUGAGGUAUACAGCCAAGCACAGCCUAGCUGCGAUUAUUGAGUCCAAACAGAAAUAUGCAAUGAAGACGAUGGGACCACCUAAAGUGGAACUCCCGUCUCCAGAUAAGUUCCUCGAAAAGCCUUCAAAGCAGUUUAAACCUCCUGCGGAACCUGAACAUUUCCACAAGCCUCCAGCCCCUUUACGGACCGACAAGCCACAUAUUAGGAUCCAAUCCAAGAAGGUUUUCUCACAGAAAACCGAUUUGGUUAAAGUGACGCCUAAGCCUUCUUUCAUAGAAACAAAGAAACAGCUUCUGGAAAACUCUGACCUUAUCCCCAAAUACAUCAGAAAAAAGGAUUAUGGUAAAGUACCUGCGUACUUGAAGCGGCGCACAGAAGCUGAACAAAAGGCUAGGGAGGAGAGGGAGGAGUGCGAGCGCGUUGUAAAGAAGCCGAACACCAGGGAAGGCCUACCAGAAGAGGACCUUCAUGCUAUACUAAAGAUGCUGAAGAAGAAGAAAGUCCAUAAUAAAUAUCAGAUCCCUGCCUAUCUCAUAAACACCGGGACAAAGAAAAAAGAGAAGAUCUUUCUGGAAGAGAAAACGACACAACUGGAGAAGGAUAUCAGCAUCUUAGAAAAGUUCAAAACCAUCUACAUUUCUCCAGCUAGCAGCUUAGAUCUUCUGCCAGCUUCAGAUACUUCUUCUGAAAAUUAAAAUGUUCUAUAUUUCCUGUUAUCUCUAAAGCUGUGCUACAAAAUAAAUCUAACUUUACAGUUUUAUUGCAGAGAAGAUCUACAUAUUUUAUUGAAAAAAAACUAAAACAAAGUUGUGUAGAAGCAAAACACCUUGUUUUCUUUAAUUAUUAUUAUACCAAUAUAUGUACAAACACAUAUUAGAAUUAACAGUAAUUCAAAUAUACAAAGUGCAUGAGGUACAUUGAGGUAUUGAGAAUAUCAGGUCAUGAUUAUCUAAACAUCAAAUGACAAAGUGCAUAUAAAGGAGUGCAGUAUGCUUCAGAAUUAAUGUCCAUUUCAUCCAUCUUUCUAAGUUUUAACAAAAUGUUUUAGUUUUGUUGCAUUCAUAGAAAAUAUGGUAAAGUGUGUUUCUUUAGCUCUGGGUUAUAUUUGGAGUUUCAGAGAGAAGCUUCUUAAUUGUUCAAUACAAUUUUUUUGUCAUAUUUGUAGAGUAUAUAUAUAUAAAUCUAAAUAUGUCUCUUAAAUCAUUAAAUGUAAUAUAUAUCUUAUAGGUCAUUCUGGAUGUCUGAUAAAUCCUUAGAAGGUGUGCUAAUAAAACACGAUGCUUUAAUAUCACAACUUGUGGCCAAAACCUGAGCACCAAGGAAUGUAAAUGUGAGGGGGAGCUGGAUUGGAAUGUAUGAUAGCUUUCUAAUUUAGAGACGAGGUGGCCGAGAGAUUAAAGCCAUGGUUUUCUAAUCUGUUGUGCUCUGCACACGUGGGUUUGAAUCCCAUCUUUUUUGAUAAGAUGCUCUUCUACAUCCUAGUGGUUAGAGCAGUGUGCUUGUGAUCUGAGAACGAUGCUUGUACCUGGUUCGAUCCCCACAGCCUCCACUCUGAGUUCCAGAGCAAAACCCUUAAUCCCACACUGCAGGGGAUGGGUUAAAUGCAGAGAAUGAAUUUCCCCAUUGCGGGACGAUAAAGGGAUUUACAUUUAUUUCUUUUUUUAUUGACAUUCCUGUGAGCUGCAGGUGUGGUUACAACUUGUACACUGAACUGCGUGAUGCUUUGUCAUUUCUUACAAAGAUUUAAGGUUUAGAUGUAUGGUAUAAGAUAUAUAUUUUUCCCUUUUGGAUAAAAACCGAGAAAACUGA